UGUGAUUUUUGAGUAUGCAGCAAGGGUAGUUUCUUAGAUUUGAGGGCUUUGAGUAAAUAAUCUGCGAUAGAAUUAUUUUAUUAUUCUUUAUAUGUUAUAUAUCCUGAAAUGAAGACUAAACAGUCAAUAAGUCGUGUACAGGAACCAUAUAGCAAGAGGAGCAUGAGUUCCAGUUCAACAUGUUCAACAUUGAAAAGUGUCAAAGAUGAACACUGGGAUGGAGUUAAUCAGGUGAAAAUGGAGAAUCAGUUAGUAGUUGGGGUUAAAUCCGAAAAACCAGAAGCAGAACCAACUGUGAACAACACAAAGUUUGAAAAUAUGGACAUUUGGACACUAAAUGAAGAGUUUGAUAUCAAAAAUGAAUGUGAAAAUGCUGUAUCUGAUAGAAUUAAAGUUGAAGAGAAAUUAGAGUCUGGACUUGAAGCUGAUUCGAGAGCAGAUACAGUUAACCAGAUGAAAAUGGAGUUCCAAGAAUCUGAAAAGCUGGAAGAAAAACCAGAUUUAAGGACGCGUUAGGGCUGCAUCACGAAUUUGACAUCAAAACUGAGAGUGACCAAGAUGACAGGCAUGAUUCGGGGUCCGAUAGGUGAGUCUCCUUCAAUCCCCAACUCUACUGGAUGUCCAAAAAUGAUGAAUGAAUUUGUAAUAUACGAGGUGUGUAAUAAAAUUUCGUAGGUUUGGAGACUCCGAUUGUCAAAAACUUCUUUAAUGUAGUUUACCCGCUGAAAACUUGCCAGCUGUUGUCACCAAAAAUUACAAUACCUUUGAUAACAAGUAAUUAUGGGUAAGGUAUGUGUAUGUAGAAUAAUGUUAGUGUGAAAAAAAUUAUAUGCCCUUAUGAU